AGAGAAGGAGGCUGACCGGAGGGAUUCCACUUCCCUCAGACUAACUCCAGACUGACUGAGACUUCCGCACUGGAUGUGGAAUGGACGAGCGAUGGACUAAUCCUAGUGUUCUUGCCUUGUGGCCUUUAUUGUUGUGGAAUGUUUGCGGGAGCUGUGUGAGGAGGAAGAGGAGAGUGAGUUUGAAGAACUCAUCACUCUUUCUUUAAAGACUCUUCCUGGGAGAAGAAGAAUGGGGGCAGGAGCACUCACCAUCUGUCACAACAAGGCAGCGGUGCAGAUCCGGGAGGACAUGAAGAAGAUGGUCCAGCUGCCCAUGCUGAAGCCCUGGCCGGCCUCCACUGCUGCCACAGGAGGCCAGAAAGUGUUUGGUAUCUCCUUGCUGGAUAUGAGAGAGCUGGGCCUGUUGAAAGAUGGAGUGCCCUUGGUGGUCAGGAGCAUGGUGGAGUACUUGAGACGGCAUGGGAUGGAGCAGGAAGGCCUGUUCCGUGUGAGUGGCAGUGUUCGUGCAGUGGACAGUCUGAAGCAGAAGCUGGACAGUGGGGAAGAUUUGGACCUUCAGCAGGAGGCUGAGGUCUGCACUGUGGCGAGCCUGCUGAAACAGUACCUGAGGGAGCUGCCUGAAGGCCUUGUUCACUCCUCCAUCCACUCCACACUCAUACAGCUCCAUCAUGAAUCCAGUGAGGAUGGUUUCUGUAAGGAUGUGCGUGAGCUCCUGCUGCGGUUGCCAGACGUUCACUACAGCGUCCUGCGCUACCUGUGCUAUUUCCUUACCCAGGUGGAACAGCAGCAGCACCUCAACCGCAUGACUGCACUCAACCUGGCAACCGUGUUUGGGCCGAAUGUUUUCCAUGUGUCCCCAGGUUUUGAUGGCAUGCAGGAGCAGAACGUCUGUAAUAAGAUCAUGGCCAAGCUCAUUCAGAACUACACUGCUAUAUUUGAGCCAGACAGAGACGAGGAGCAGCCUAAAAGCAAGGCAACAAACAUCAUUGUAGUCAAAGAGGCCCACAUGGACACAGCAUAUGAAAAGACGUCACCACGCUCUCCUUCUCCAAAAACACUCACUCCUGUUCCCAGAAAAAAGAAGGCCACACGGAACAGUGAAGGAGAAGACAAAGAUUCACCAAGAGAAAAAGAGUCGAGCCUCGCAAACCCUGCAGCUAUGCCGAGAAAAAAGAAGGUGAAGAAGACGAAGGUUAAGGAAAUGCUCAGGUCAGUUCCGCAGCCCUCUCCAUCCUCUGGGCUUCCUCUCUCCAGACAUAUACCCCAGCCUCCAGACUGCAGCUCCAGCCCAGGGGCACCGCCACAACUCCACAGUCAGGACAGGAGAAUCAGUCCUCAGCCCGAGAGCAUGGACCUGACCCCUCUUGACCCUGUCCCUGCCAGAGGCAUGGACACUUUAAGCAGCUCCCAAGAGGAUGAGAGGCCAAUAUCUCCUUUCUAUGUGAGCUCUCAGCUCUCUCCUGGUCAUUGUAGGCCCGACUUAGCACAUUAUCUGGAGAGGACAAUCCGCUCUGCGGUGGAGCAGCAUCUCUUUGAUGUUCACAUGCAGGCAGGUCAAAGUUCACCACAGGGCUCUGAGUCAGCUGGCCAUUCUGCGUCUCCCGUGACGACGGCUCGGCAGAGGAGGCGACAGCAGCGAGAGCUAGAGGAGAAUCGUGAAAAAUUCAGGGAUGACAUCGAUAAGGAGAACAUCCCUUCCCGUGGCCUGAGUGGCAGUGUUAGCAUCAGCGCCAGCGAGGAGGACGAAAGGAGACUGGACAGUGCUCAGGAGGGUACAAGGCCCAGGAAGCCCAAACACAGCCCUACCCUCACCGAGCUGUCUCAUAUCCAAGACUCACCUACUCUUUACAGAUCAUCAAGACCACACGACAGAAACAUGUCAGACAGCAUGGAGUCCACAGAUAACAGGGAGGAUCAGAAGACAAAUGACUCACCUCAUCUUCAGGCGUCCGCCAUGAAGAUCCAGGAGGCUCUCAGCAGCCCGGAGCAUUCAGAUGGCUGCGAGGACGUCCCACGACUGGACCUGUCCGCUCUAACGGAGGACAGCAACUGGGGAGAUUCACCCUUCUUUAGCACCCCUUUCCUUGAUUUCAAAAGUGUUUUCCAGCAGAGUUAUUAUGAGGAACCAGUGCCUGCCUACUCGUCAUGGCAGAGGGAGAGCAUGGACCGUGAGGAGGCCCGUCUCUCGCCACACGCCGGGGGUAGACUGAUCCGGCAGCUGCUAGAGGCAGAUUCAGAUCCCAUGCUGUCCCCACGCUUCUAUGCCUACGGCAACUCCCAGCAGUACCUGGAGGACACCGAGGUGCCCCCCUCACCACCCAACGCACACUCUUUCAUCAGCCGGCGACGGAGUUCUUCACUGGGCUCGUGCGACGAUGAACGUGAGGAGCUCACCUCAGCACAGCUCUCGAAAAAGAUCCACAACCUCAAGAAGAAGAUCCGCAAGUUUGAGGAGAAGUUUGAGGAUGAUCGCAAAUACAGGCCCUCACACAGUGACAAAGCUGCCAACCCCGAGGUCCUGAGGUGGAUGAAUGAACUGGCCAAACUUCGCAAAGACCUCAAAGAGCACAAAUUGCUGAAGUCAGAGGAGGACCUGAGUCCUUUGCCCCGACAACGCAGCAACACACUGCCCAAGAGCUUUGGUUCGCAACUGGAGAAGAAAACCCCCGAGGCCAAGACACCAAAGCCCCCGGUGGAGAGCACACUGGAGUCGGUGAUGAGCAAACUGCAAGAGAAACGAGUCGAGGUUGGACGGCCCGAGGACAUCAAGGAUAUGACCCGAGAACAAAUUGCUGCAGAGAAAGUAGCUCUCCAGAAAGCUCUGCUGUAUUACGAGAGCAUCCAUGGGAGACCGAUUACCAAGACUGAGAGACAAAUCAUGAAGCCGCUCUAUGACAGAUACCGCCUUGUCAAACAAAUCCUGUGCAGAGCGUCCACCAUCCCAGUCAUUCAGGGCUCUCCCUCCAGCAAGCGCAGAGGCCCUCAGCUGCAGCCCAUUAUCGAGGGGGUUCCUGCUCUCUUCUUCGACCACAACCAGGAGGAAGAGGAUGGCUCAGAUGAAGAUGACAACAAGACACAGUUGACAGUCCGUCCGGAGCUGAGCACGCUAAGCUUCCUGGACCACUUGGAUGAUGAAGUGGAUGGUUUUAUCUCACCCGUAGAUGAGCUGUCACCCUCGAAGAACAGCACAGACAUGAGGCUGUCCAACUUGCAUGCAGCCACCAUACAGGAACUGGUGGAACAGCUCCAGGAAGCUCGUGAAGAGAAGAAAAGAAUCCGCAAGAACCUGCGUGAAUUCGAGGACCAGUUUUUCAGGCAAAAUGGCAGAAACGUGCAGAAGGAAGACCGCUCGCCCUUGGCAGUGGAAUACAAUGAGUACAAGCACGUCAAAGCCAAGCUCAGACUGCUGGAAGUGCUCAUCAGCAAAAGAGACUCUUCUAAAUUCAUCUAAUGGACAGCCUGCAGGGAAGAUUUGCUGGACUAUAGCUGGGAGCAUGCUUCCACACAAGUCGCACAAGGACAACCAGACAGUGUUAACAAAAGCAAAUGAGCUUGUACAAAAACCCGCCUGUCAGAUUGGAAAAAUCACAGAUUUAGGUGUUGGGUUUUUUUCCUCUCAGGCCAUCUGUGGCUUACAGGCACAUUUGGCUGAAGAAGAUGCCAAGACAUGGCUGCUUCACCCCCUGCUGGAUCUGUGUAACACUCUUCACACUCACCUUCCCUCUGAAGAUGAUACAAGCUCCAUCCUCUUCCAUCCCAGACACACGCCAUGCCAUGUCAUUUAGUGCUCAGUGCUCAAACUGACCUAAACUCUACUGCCGCAGACCUGACUGCUCAAGUUAGGGAACUUCUAAUCAAGACAACGAACUGUUCAGCAGCACCCACUGAAUACUAGUCACCCCUACAGCAGAGUACAUUUAUAUUUGACACACUUUUAUGAUGUAUUAUAUGAUUUGUAUUUAUUUUGUAGAUCGUUUUUCUGGUUGGUGUGAGAUACACGGCAUUCACAGAGAAGGUUUCGCUUAAUCAGAGAGGGUUUAGUAACAGAAUUGGGAAUUUGAAUUCAAGUCUUAAUUUUUUAUAUGAUGAUUAACUGCUAUUUAUCAUUGUAAUGACUUUGUAUCUUAAAUCAGGAGAGAGAAUUUUAGCAAAUCGUGGAAGGAAAAGGCUCUGUACCUACAUGCAAGCUGCAUGCAAAACAUCAGGAAAAAAAUAUGUAUCUUUUUCAUUUCUUUAUGACUGGUGCCAUAUUUCACGCACAGCUCUGUUUGAAAUACUAAUGGCGUCACAGGCGUAGAGACAAUGUUUGCUGUAGAUAAUUUUUGUAUUUUCAUGUUCUAGUUGAUGCUUUUCUCUAAUGACUAAUUUGCUAAACUGAUUGUAAACAGUAGCCAAAGCAGGUUGUUUUUUUGUUUAGCUAGAAUCAGAGUGUACUGAGAGCAGGUGAUUUUUUUUUUUCCAUAGGUGGCAAAAGAGACAGAAUAUUUUAAUCCAAGAUACCAGCUAAAGCUCGCAUUUGCAUUUGCAUGUGUAUCGAUUUUUUUCGCAUUUCAUUUUUGUUAUGCAAAAUAAGCUCCACAGUCUCUAACUGGUUGUAAUUGUAAAGUCACUGUGUGACAGUGACGUGGGCCAAUAGUAUCCUAGCAAAACGGCUGCCAUUUCUUAUUGCAGAGCGAUAGUUUUAUGAAGAGAGUGGGGCCUAUUCCCUGUUUUGUUCGUGGUUAAUAUAGAUUCAGGUCUAUAUUCACACUGAGUGAGCACAUUAGCCUCUCCUAUUUUUCUCCAAAAUGGAUACUUGCAGUGUGACCUUCGCUUUAUUGAACGUGAACACUGAUGGUUUAUAAUGAAUAUGGGUGUGUACAUUUUAGUACAUGAUUUUAUUUGUAUUUUGUAUAUAUGACAUAAAGUGGAACCUAUUUUUACUGAA